CACGAUAUCGAAUCCGAUACUUUACUCAUAUCGCUACCUUUUGAUUCGAUACUAGUAUUCAGAAAUUCGAUACUUCCUUUCGAUACUUAGUACUCAUAUCAGUACUUAGCAUCUAGUAUCGAUUCCAUAAAAAAAAAAUGAAACGAGCAACUAACUCAUAAAUACCAAUUUAACGCAUUUUAACGUUCCUACAUAGGUAUUCAGAACACAACGUAAUUUAAAAAAACAUAAAAAUAAAUAAACGCAAUAUAGUACUGCCAACAUGACGGCAAAGGCCUUAUAAAACGAUGAAACGGAAUGGGCAAUACCAAUUACCAAUACCAAGUAGUCACAUGACUCACAUCCAUGAUCCAUCUAUAUAAUCUGUGGUAGCCAUUUUGUUUUAUUGUCAAUCACGCAAAACACGCAUGUAUCGACACUCAGAACAAUAAUUGAAAUUUGCAUUAGUUUCGUUCACGUAUUGAUGAUAAUUAUUUCAUUUGGAGAACCUGCAGUGAACGGAGUGAACCUUAGUGGGACUGUGAUGAGAUUUAUUUGAAGUUUUAUUGAAGUAAUUGUGGACAGUCUAGUUUACACGCUGCAAGAAUGGCGCCUCCCCAAAGCGAGAUAUGGAAAUAUUUUAAGAAAAUAAGUAAUGAACAAGCGUCAUGUAAGACCUGCUUUAAAAUAAUAAAAACAAGUGGGAAUACGUCUAACAUGAAAAAACAUGUGAAGCAGCACUCAAACAGUUCCUUGGACGAAGUCAGUUCACCUAAACCUCGGUUACUGCAACAGCAACUGAAAAGGCAUUGUACAACAACUGCAGAUUCUGCUACAGCUGCUACUUCUUCCACUUCAACAGAUAAUUCUCUUCCUUCAACUUCUUCCACUGUUGAUUCUAUAUGUAAUACAAUUUCUUCUGAACAAUUUGACAAGGACACUGCUGAAAACAUUAAAAUUGCUUCACAAGUCACACCAUCCCAGAAACAAAAACAAAUGUCAAUCACAGAAACUUUGAAUCGUAAAAUGUUAUACUCUGAAGGAGGAUCUAGGCAUUCCUUAUUAUGUAAGUUACUUUUAUACUUUAUAUGUGUCGACAAAAGACCAUUUGAUAUCGUCAAAGGAAGAGGAUUUCGCCGACUCAUAAAGCAAUUAUGCCCUACUUUCAAAAUUCCUAGUGUAGAUACACUUAAAAGUCGUCUAGAUGACUUAUACGAUGUGAUGGUGUUGAAAACUCGACAAGACAUAGAAAAUGUAGGUUACAUAUCCCUUACAUGUGAUAUUUGGACUGAAACAAUGACCAUGACAAGUUAUCUUGGUGUUACUGCACAUUACUAUCAUCAAAAUGAAUUAAAAGCAAAGGUGUUAGCUACAGUCGAAUUAGAUGAGAGGCACACAGCUAUCUACAUAGCUCACAAUUUAGAUAAUAUUUGUGAUUCUUUUAAUAUUACAAAAGAAAAAAUAACUAGUGUAGUAACAGACAAUGCCGCAAAUAUGAUAGCAGCAAUCAACAUGUUUUUGGACAGAUCAAAACACCUUCCUUGUUUCGCACAUACCAUUAACUUGAUUUUUGAAAGUAUUAUGAAAAUUGAAGAGUUUGUGUCCUUAUGUAAUAAAAUCAGAAAAGUUGUUAAAUUUUUUCGUGACAGUGUUAUACAAAGUGACAUAUUACGAUCAAAACAAGGUGAUAAUCCUCUAAAAUUGAUUCUUGAUGUAAGCACAUGGUGGAAUUCGGUCUAUUUCAUGAUAGAAAGGUAUGUAAAAUUAGCUCCAAUAAUUCAUCCAAUAUUAGUUAUGAAUCCUAAGGCGCCACCAACUCCAUCUGCAAAUGACCUAGAAAACUUAAAUAAAAUACUAAAAAUAUUAAAACCUAUUGAAUAUGUCACGCGCGAAAUGUCGGGGGAGAAUUAUGUCACGGCAAGUAAAAUCAUCCCUAUAAUAAACUGUUUAAAAUCACAAAUAUCAUCUGCUGAAGUAGAAAUAGAAGAAGAGGAAUGUGAAGUAAUUAAUAAAGUCAAGGAUACGAUUUUAAACCAAAUAAAACAGAGAUUUGGUCAUGUGGAAGAUAAUUACAUAAUAGCGGUUUCUUGUAUUUUGGAUCCUCGAUUCAAAACCUUACAUUUUACGGAUCCAAAAGCAUGCGCUAAAGCGCUAUCGGUUAUUCGAAGGAAUAUGAAAGACUAUAUUACAAGUAGUGGCGAAGAGAGUGACGUUGCUGAGUCAAAUGAUUCAAACCUGCCGCCGGAAUACGAUUUUUGGAGACUCCAUAAAAAUUUAGCACAUGGUAAAAAUAAAAAAAAGUCCAAAUGGGAUGCAGCGGGUGCAGAAAAGGAUGAGCUUUCUCUGUAUUUGGCAAACCCCGUGGGCCCUCUUACCGUCAACCCACACAUACAAUGGGAAGAUAUGAAAACUAUUUUUCCAUUACUGUAUAAACAGGCUCAGCAAUAUCUUCACUCACCUGCUACAUCUGUACCCUCAGAGAGGUUAUUUUCGAAGGCAGGAGUAACACUAAGUAGAGCAAGAAACAGACUUAAAGGAAAAAGAGUUAAUAAACUCUUGUUCCUCGGUGACUGUACUGAAGAAGAGUGGAAUAUUUAAGUGCUUUUGUUUAUAUCUUCUCCAUGAUCUGUUUGCUAGAAAUAAAACCUUUUUUUGUGUCUAA